UGCUGGGUUUACAAAGGAGCUGCUUCUCCCCAGUCAGAGCUAUAAAGCAUGUACACAGCUUCCCGUCCCCUUAGUAGUAGAGCUUGGCUGUUUGGAUUCGCACUGCACCUGAACCGACAACUAUCCUGCACAACUCUUUGAGUCCCAUUUUCUGGAUCAUUGGAACAAGAUGGCGAGCACAAUGGGAGUCCUAGCUUGGCUGAUGCUGGUGGCCUUGGGGUUGUCGGACAGGGGAUGCCUAGCACAGCGGAACUGUCAAGUGAGCAGUUUCAAAGUCCAGGAGAACUUCGACAAGUACCGAUACAGUGGAACUUGGUAUGCAGUGGCCAAGAAAGACCCUGAAGGAUUGUUUCUUCAAGACAAUGUGAUAGCUCAGUUUUUUGUGGAUGAGAAUGGAAAGAUGACAGCUACUGCCAAGGGACGAGUGCAACUCCUGGAGAACUGGGAACUCUGUGCUGAGAUGGUUGGCACCUUCACAGACACAGAGGAGCCUGCCAAGUUUGGGAUGAAGUAUUGGGGUGUGGCGGCCUAUCUCCAGAAGGGAAAUGAUGCUCACUGGGUCAUAAGCACAGACUAUGACACAUAUGCUCUGCACUACUCCUGCCGUGAGCUCAAUGAAGAUGGCACUUGUGCUGAUAGCUAUUCCUUUGUGUUCUCUCGGGACCCGAAUGGACUAUCUCCAGAAGCACAACGAAUUGUCAGGCAAAAGCAGAUGGAGAUCUGCUUAGAAAGGCAAUACAGGAUUAUUGUUCAUAAUGGAUACUGCUCUUAAGGAGAACAGAGUCAGCGGGAGCAAUUUUUGUAGUUGUGAAGUUUCUACACUAACUUUUGUGGGAAGUCCUUCAAGUAGAAUCAUUACGAUUUUGAAUAUAUUUAUCUGAACUACGCUAUUUACCCUGCCACCAAGUAAGUGGAACUUAAUAAACUGAGAAGAGUACAACUACAAAUUGUUUAUGUUGUAAAUGUAUUCAUGCAUUUGGUUAUGUAAUUAAAAUGUUGCUGUGGCAAAACA